GUUAGGGACUAGGGUUUAGCGUGGGGUUUAGUUUAGUUGUUAGGGUUUAAUAUUUAUGAUGGUAUGUAGUUAAGGUUGGUGGUUAGGGUUUAGUUUAGGGUUUAGGGGUGACAUUAAGGUUUGGUGUGGGGCUUAGGGUUUAAUAUAUGUUGUGGUAUGUUGUGGUAUGUUGUUGGUAGUUUUAGAAAUGGUAGAUAUGUAAAGGGGUAGAGUUGGUGGUUAGGGUUUAUUCUAGUGCCUAGGGUUGAGCUUUGGGUUUAGUUUAGGGUUUAGGAUUUAUUUUAGUUGUUAUGGUUGAGCUAAUGGUUUAGUUUAGUCGUUAGGGUAGAUAUGUAUGGGUAGGGUUAGUGGUUAGGGUUUAUUCUAGUGACUAGGAUUGAGCCUUGGGCUUAGUUUAGUUGUUAGGGUUUAUUUUAUUGGUUAGGGUUGAGGUUAUGGUUUAGUUUACUUGUUAGGUUUUAAUAUAUAUGGUGGUAUGUUAUUGAGUUUUAGAAAUGGUAGAUAUGUAGUGGUUAAGGUUUAGUUUAGUUCGUAGGGUUUAUUUUUAGAGGUUAGGGUCGAGCUUAGGGUUUAGUUUAGUGAUUAGUUUAGAUGUUAGGGUUUAAUAUAUAUGGUUGUUUGUUAUUAGUAGUUUUAGAAAUUAUAGAUAUGUAGAUAUGUAGGCAAUGGGAAGUUACCCCUGUUACUGAGGAUGUUCCUGAGAUGACUGAGGACGUACCUGUACCUGGUGCAGAGGGAUUAGCUGGUGAUGGUGCUGAGGGAUCAGCUAUUGAUGAUGCUGAGGGAUUCUCAGGUGGGCCACGUGACCCAUCAGUGCUGACUUCGUUUGCUGAGCAUGUUGCACAUAGCAUAUGGAAUGGAGAGGAACGUCCUGAAUUGAAGUUGGUCUCCCAUGGAAGGAAGGUUGAGAAACUUGGGAGGCCAGCUCCUGGGAUUGAAGGGCUAGUCGCUGCCACAGGAUUAACUCCUUUGAUCGCGUGUUCAGUAGUCACCGGUGAUCGGGGAGUUAUAUCCACUUUUGUCGAGAGGUGGCAUAAGGAGACUAGCAACUUCCAUCUUCUAGUACGAGAGCUGACCAUCACACUGGAUGAUGUGGCGUCACUCCUCUAUCUUUCGAUCAUAGGCGCCUUCCACAGCUUCGAGCCUUUACAUGUAGACGAGGCGAUCAUCAUGCUGGUGGAGUUGCUAGAGGUCUCGGGUGAGGAGGCUAAAGCUGAGACUGCAUAGUGUCAUGGGGCAUAUGUACACCUGUCAUGGCUACGGGAUAUCUAUCAAAGGAGAUGCGAGGCCCGACAGUGGAUAGUUGCAGCUCGUGCGUAUCUCCUACACUUGGUUGGUUGCGCUCUUUUUGCUAACAAGAGUGCAACACAUGUUCAUGUAGUUCAUUUGGACGCUUUUCGAGACUUGGCUCAGAGUGGGACCUAUGCCUGGGGAGUUGCCACGCUGGCGCAUAUGUAUGACCAGUUAAAUGAAGCUUCUCAGAGCACUAGCCGACAGAUUGCUGGUUAUGUAACUUUAUUACAGUGUUGGAUAUAUGAGCAUUUUCCCGGUGUUCAUAACAGCGUGAUUGAUGAUGGGUAUGAUGAGACGUCACCACGUGCCUGCUGGUGGCUUACUACGAAGGCUUAUAUGAAGGGAUUAUCAGCAUUGUCGUACAAGACAUGUAUAGAUGCACUGACAGUCCCUGAUGUAUGCUGGAUGCCUUAUGGUGACCACCGAGGAGUUAGGGCGUUUGACCUCAUCUCAUGCUUUCAGGGUGAGCUUAGAUGGUGAUGUGAACCUUACGGGCCGAAACGUUUGAUACAGGUUACAGAGUUUGGUUGACGCCACUUCCAAUGAAGAAAGAUAAGUCAGGAUAGACGCCACUUCCAGUGAAGGAAGAUAAGUCAGGGUAGA